AUGGUUUUCUUACGUUUAAACGCCUUUUCUUUCUUAUCCUGUCUUUUUUCGUUUCUUCUCAUCCUGCCUUCCAUUCCUUCGUUCCUCGUGUUUCUUUUAUUUCUUCCUUGUCUAUCUUUCGUUCCUUUCUUGUCUUUCUAUUUACUCUUUCUUUCCUCCAUCUCUUCUUGUUCUCUCUCUUUUUUCCUCCAUUUCUUCCUUUUCUCUCUUUUCCCCUCCGUCUCUUCCUGUUCUCUCUCUUUUCCCUGCGUCUCUUCUUGUUCUCUCUUUUCCCCGCCAUCUCUUCUUGUUCUCUCUUUUUUCCUCCAUUUCUUCCUGUUCUCUCUCUUUCCCCUCCGUCUCUUCCUGUUCUCUCUCUUUUCCCUGCGUCUCUUCUUGUUCUCUCUUUUUUCCUCCAUUUCUUUCUGUUCUCUCUUUUGUUUCCUCCAUCUCUUCCUGUUCUCUCUCCCUCCAUCUCUUCCUGUCCUCUCUUUUUUCCCUUCCAUCUCUUCCUGUCCUCUCUUCCCCCCCUCCAUCUCUUCCCGUCCUCUCUUUUUUCCCCUCCAUCUCUUCCUGUUCUCUCUUUUUCAUUUCAUUCUGUUUUUAUUUCGCCCUUCACUGUCUUCCUUUCAACUAAUGUCUUUUCUACUCCCUUCUUCUAGUGGAGAUCUCUCUCUCUCUCUCUCUCUCUCUCUCUCUCCCUCUCUCUCUGUAGGGGCGUUUCUUUCCUUUCCCUCUUCUUUAUCCUCCCUCCUUUUCCGAUUCUCCUAUGCCUUCUCCUCCUGCUCAACUAUCUGUUCUCUACUACCUCGCUUCUUUCUUCUCCACCACCUCACCUCUUCUCACCCCUUUCUUCGCUUCCCCCUCACGCCUUUCUUCUCUUCCUCCUUUUCCUUCUCUUUCUUCUUUUCCUCUUCUUUCUUUCCUUCCUCCUCACCUCUUUAUUCUCUUCCUCCUCACCUCUUUCUUCUUUUCCUCCUCACUUCUUUCUUCUUUUCCUCCUCACCUCUUUCUUCUCUUCCUUUUCGCCUCUUUCUUCUCUUCCUCCGCCCCUCUUUAUUCUCUUCCUCCUCACUUCUUUCUUCUUUUCCUCCUCACCUCUUCUCUUCCUCUUCGCCUCUUUCUUCUCUUCCUCCUCGCCUCUUCUCUUAUUCCUCACCUCUUUCUUCUCUUCCUCCUCGCCUCUUUCUUCUCUUCCUCCUCACCUCUUCGCUUCCUCCUCACCUCUUUCUUCUCUUCCUCUUCGCCUCAUUCUUCUCUUCCUCCUCGCCUCUUUCUUCUUUUCCUCCUACCACUCUUCUCUUCCUCCUCACCUCUUUCUUCUCUUCCUCCUCGCCUCUUUAUUCUCUUCCUCCUCACCUCUUCUCUUCCUCCUCGCCUCUUUCUUCUCUUCCUCCUCACCUCUUCUCUUCCUCUUCUCCUCUUUAUUCUCUUCCUCCUCGCCUCUUUAUUCUCUUCCUCCUCACCUAUUUCUUCUCUUCCUCCUCACCUCUUCUCUUCCUCCUCACCUCUUUCUUCUCUUCCUCCUCGCCUCUUUAUUCUCUUCCUCCUCACUUCUUCACUUCCUCCUCACCUCUUUCUUCUCAUCCUUCUGUUCCCAUCUUCUACAUUUCCCUUUCUUCUUGUAUUUUCUAUUUCUUCUUAUCCAUGUCUCAUUUCCUACUCCUUUCCUUUUUAUUCUUCUUAUUUUCUGCUUCCACGCUUUAUUCUGUUUUCUUAUGCUUUUAUUUUCUUCUUUCCUUUCUAUCUUUUUUCCCCCUCCUGAUUUUUUCCUUUUCUCUUUCUUUUAUCUUGUUUUGGAUUCUGUUUCAUCUUUCUUUUUUUUCCUCUUCUGCUUGCUUUUUCUUUAAUCUUUUUCCCGACUUUUUUCCUUGCUCUUUUUCUGUUUCUUUUCGUCCACUUUCCUCCUUUUGA